AUGUCUUUGUCAUGUGACAUGGAAAAUAUCAGAAUAUCUUGGUCAUAUGAGUAUUGGGAUAUUCGUCAUGUGACCAUUAAAAUGUUUUCGUCAUGUGACCAUCAGGAUUCUGGUCAUGUGAUGAUUAUAGGGGAUCCUGGUCAUGUGAUGAUUAUAGGGGAUCCUGGUUAUGGGAUGAUUAUAGGGGAUCCUGGUCAUGUGAUGAUUAUAGGGGAUCCUGGUCAUGUGAUGAUUAUAGGGGAUCCUGGUCAUGUGAUGAUUAUAGGGGAUGCUGGUCAUGUGAUGAUUAUAGGGGAUGCUGGUCAUGUGAUGAUUAUAGGGGAUCCUGGUCAUGUGAUGAUUAUAGGGGAUCCUGGUCAUGUGAUGAUUAUAGGGGAUCCUGGUCAUGUGAUGAUUAUAGGGGAUCCUGGUCAUGUGAUGAUUAUAGGGGAUCCUGGUCAUGUGAUGAUUAUAGGGGAUCCUGGUCAUGUGAUUAUUAUAGGGGAUGCUGGUCAUGUGAUGAUUAUAGGGGAUCCUGGUCAUGUGAUGAUUAUAGGGGAUCCUGGUCAUGUGAUGAUUAUAGGGGAUCCUGGUCAUGUGAUGAUUAUAGGGGAUCCUGGUCAUGUGAUGAUUAUAGGGGAUCCUGGUCAUGUGAUGAUUAUAGGGGAUCCUGGUCAUGUGAUGACUAUAGGGGAUCCUGGUCAUGUGAUGAUUAUAGGGGAUCCUGGUCAUGUGAUGAUUAUAGGGGAUCCUGGUCAUGUGAUGAUUAUAGGGGAUCCUGGUCAUGUGAUGAUUAUAGGGGAUCCUGGUCAUGUGAUGAUUAUAGGGGAUCCUGGUCAUGUGAUGAUUAUAGGGGAUCCUGGUCAUGUGAUGAUUAUAGGGGACCCUGGUCAUGUGAUGAUUAUAGGGGAUCCUGGUCAUGUGAUGAUUAUAGGGGAUCCUGGUCAUGUGAUGAUUAUAGGGGAUCCUGGUCAUGUGAUGAUUAUAGGGGAUGCUGGUCAUGUGAUGAUUAUAGGGGAUCCUGGUCAUGUGAUGAUUAUAGGGGAUCCUGGUCAUGUGAUGAUUAUAGGGGAUCCUGGUCACGUGAUGAUUAUAGGGCAUCCUGGUAAUCAAAAACAGUGCGUUAAAGCAUCCUUAGUAUCUACCAAAAACUGA